UAUGAUAUUGCACGAUAUUCAGUCUCGGUGCGCGGAUCGUCAGGUCGGCUCGCUCUCCUCGCGUGGACCCAGAAUUCGAUUUUCAUAUCCGUUUGUUUCACUAGUUGUUCCCGACCCGUGUGUGCGAGCACACGUUACAAAAAAAUGUCUCAAAUCUAUAAGAAGUCGAUGCUAACGAUCGGCAAGUACGUGCCCCAGCAGCUCCAGCCAUUGUGGAAUCACCCAGCUGGUCCGCAGACUAUAUUCUUCUGGGCACCGACUUUUAAAUGGGGGCUUGUAAUAGCUGGCCUCAGUGACCUACAGAGGCCAGCAAGUCAGCUUUCUGUUAGCCAAUCGUCUGCCUUGGCCGCGACGGGAGUGAUAUGGACCAGAUAUUCCCUAGCAAUCACCCCGAAAAAUUGGAGUCUCUUUAGCGUAAAUCUCUUCGUUGCGAUAACGUCUAUUUAUCAAAUUGCUAGAGCAGUAAACUAUCAACGGGAGCAGGAAGCUCUAGCGAAAGCAUCGACGACACAUGGAAAAUAGUGACUAUACUUGAAAUGAUAUACAUUCCUAGCGAUAAAAACAAUACUUAAUGUAGAUAAUGACCAUAUUAGGUACACUGACUUGCGGAAUAUUUCCGAAUGUUAUGUAAUGUGAAACGGAGGAGCAGUAACACUCUAUGAAUAACCGCGAGAUUAAAAUAAUUAUUUAACUGGCACUUUCAGCAAUUUUGAAAGUUCCAUAUAGCAAAGUUGUAAAUACUUCAAUUUACAUAAAUACGGUGAUUAGUUGUAUAUUAAACACGGGAGGGAAUCAAUCAUAGAAAUACUAGAAGCAUUGAAAUACCAAAAAGGAGCAAUCGUAACACGAGGAUGAAGUAAUUGUAUAUCAGGAAUACAAACUACAAAGAUGAAAUAUUCCAAAAAAUUGCUAAACGCCAAGGCUAAAGAAACGAAAACAACAGAAAUGAAAUACCAAGAUUUGGAACACACCGCGAACAGAUCAUUCGCACUCAGGAUAUUCGAACACCAAUAAUCAAAUUUAUACUUCUAUUAUCUAGAAUAGUUUGAAACACUGACGAUCGGAAACUACGACAUAAUAGGAUCGAACAUUAUUUACAAAGGAAAUUUGGAUUCCAAAAGAAAAGAUUAUAAUGUUCUGAGUUCAGAAUCUGUGAAAUUCAUAAAAUGUUCAUACCGAACUGUGAUAUCGAACCUAAGGUGCUGCUCAUAACUUUAUUCCACUAGUAAUGCAUAAAUUGCAAAUCGUAGACUAAGUACAUGUACCAAUUAAAAUGUAUUACACAAUAUCAAAAUUUAAUAGAUACUCGCUGAAUUAUAUUGUAAACUGAAAACACCGAUAACAGUACACCAGUUUGUAAUAUUGAUAUACUAUACUUAUUGGGUAUGUUUGUCUACGUACAAAUCUACCUCCAAACAAUAAUAUACAUAUAAUACCUAUUAUGUAUAAUGAUUCGCGCAACACUGAUGCCGAAUAAUUUGAAAACGUAGGAAAUGUACAAAUUGCAUACUGAGUUCGAUAAUGUUAUAACUGCCUUGUAUAAAUUUAAUAAAAUAAUAUAUUUUUGUAUAA